AUGCGAGCUCUCACCCAUUGCGCAGCCAUCGCGGCUCUGGCCGUCAGCGGUGCCGCGUCGGCCGGCCCCAUCGACCUGACGACCGGCAAGCCGAUCACGGCCACCGGCGUCUUCGGCCAGCUCAGCGCGCAAGGCCAGGCCUACCCCUGGUGCCCCGACGCCACCUGCCCCACCGCCGCAGCCAGCACCAUCAACGACGGCGUCUACCUGGCCAGCGGCACCCCCUGGCAGCAGGGCACGCUGUGGUGGGACGCGCACAACCCGCUGUCGGCGGCCAACUCGAUCGAGAUCGAGUUCGGCGGCCUGUUCCGCGUCGACUUCGUCUCCAUCCAGGGCGACAACAACGACCAGUACCUGGUCGAGUUGCGUGAUGCCGGCGGCAACUGGGCCAAUUACGCCUAUGCCGACAUCUGCUGCGGCGCCGGCAUGUUCGAGCGCUCCGGCGGCCUCGCUGGCUUCGACGCCACCGCGGCGCGCUUCAGCGGCAGGAAUGGCGACGGCUACUACGCCCUGUCCGAAGUUCGCCUGACCGGCUCGGCGCUGGCGUUGCCCGAACCGGCCAGCAUGGCCCUGGUGACGCUGGCCUUCGGCGGCAUGCUGACCGCCGGGCGCCGCCGGCAGCGCUGA